AUGGACACGCAAUUCUACAACGGAAAGAUACACGCGUACGAGGACUAUCCGAUAACGGACGUCUUGCAGAUGGUCGGCAGGGCCAAUAGGCCCUUGGAGGACGACGACGCCAAGUGCGUGCUGAUGUGCCAAAGCUCGAAGAAGGACUUUUUCAAGAAGUUUCUGAGCGAUCCGUUGCCAGUUGAAAGCCACUUGGAUCACAGACUGCACGACCACUUCAACGCCGAAAUCGUCACGAAAACCAUCGAGAACAAGCAGGACGCCGUCGACUAUCUCACUUGGACGUUCGUCUACCGGCGCUUGACCCAGAACCCAAACUACUACAAUCUACAGGGUGUGACGCAUCGGCAUCUGUCCGACCAUCUGUCGGAAUUAGUAGAAGGAACGCUGUCUGAUUUGGAGCAGUCUAAGUGCAUCAGCGUGGAGGAGGAGAUCGAUUGCGUGCCGCUGAAUUUGGGCAUGAUCGCCGCCUACUAUUACAUCAACUAUACCACCAUCGAGCUGUUCAGUUUGUCCUUGAACGCCAAAACCAAGAUUCGCGGCCUGUUGGAGAUCAUCUCCUCGGCGGCCGAGUACGAGGAGGUGGCGGUG